UAAUCGACAAUCGUGCAUUCGUGCUUCAGUUGCAUAUAUCAGUGAUUUUUAAUUUUUAUCAUGAUUUCAUAAUUCAUUCAUCAUUGUCAUUUGUCACUUAUUUGAUACAACUGCCCGUAGUUGAACUGUGCGUGAACGUGAAGCUAUUACAACUAUUUUUUUUUAAUAGGUACCUAUCUUAAAUCGUGCUGCCUAUAACUACAACUUAUAAAACUUAACUGACGACUGACCGGCGAUUCACAUCUAGCGUUUUCCGUUUACUUGUGUUAUAUUUUAUAUAUUUUAAUAUUUGAAAUUAUAUUUUAUUUUUAACUAUUAGUCUUAAAUUUCAUCAAUAAUUAUGGAUUCACAAUCGUCUGGAGGAGCUUUUAAGCGUAAAAAAAAACGCAUGUCGACUUACCAACAAGCCAUGAAAUUCUCCAAACGGGGGAAGUUUGGACACGGUUUUCAAAUCGAAGACGAAGACUUUCACUAUUUCCUUACUAUUCUCAAAAUAUCAAAAGGAAUAUUAGAAAAUGAUGCCGAUGAUGAUAAAUGUAGGUUUGUGAAUACAGUAUUCAAACAAUUGCAUGGCAAAGAAGUGAAUUAUUGUAGUAAUCAAGUAGUGUCUCGUGUAGUAGAAGACCUACUACCUAUGGCUAGUGAUCAUACUGUUUUAAAUUUGAUAACACACUUUGAAAGCGAUUUGCGGCCUGUAUGCCGUGACCAGUUUGCUAGCCAUGUGCUCCAGCAACUAUUGCACGUUGCAAUUUAUAGAGCAUAUAAGGUUACCGAGGACAUAUCAGAAACUACUAAAGAAAAUUAUUUCAAUUUUAUAAAUAAGCUAUGCAAAUUUAUACUUAACAAUAUGGAGGAAUUUGUUUGGCAUACAUACGCUAAUCAUAUAGUUCGCAGUUGCAUUGCUUGUCUAUGUGGUCAACCAUAUUUGUGUUCGAAGACUUCACAGCAAAAAGGCGAAAAUAUAGACACAAAUAAAGAACAUAAAGAUUUACUAAAAAAAUAUGCUGACUGUAUAGUAAAUAUUCAGCAAUUCUCGGAAAUGCCUACAACUGAUAUCACUUCGGGACUCUUACAAGUAUUACUUAAAUCAAUUUCACCUGUAUCUAAAAAAAGAUUUAAAGCCUUAGUUGAAAAAAUAAUGAGUGGAUGUUUUCCAAUAAGUGAAAGUACCGCUUCUGAUUAUAUUUCUCAGGUUUUUGAAGACAAUUCAUGUUCUAGACUCCUUGAUGUUAUAAUUUCUGAAUCGUCAGAAAAAUUGAACAAAUUAUUGUAUGAAAAAUAUUUCAAUGAUAAACUGGCUGAUUUAACAGUUCAUCACAAUGGAAAUUUCACCAUACAAAAAAUAUUAUCUACAACUGCAGAUGCUACUGAAUUUGAAACAAUUUUUGAUCAAUUAAAGGAAAAAAUGCCUCAAAUUAUCGAUCUCGGUUAUACUGGAGUGUUAUUAGAACUGUCUAAUGCUUGUUUACGUUUGAAGUGUAAACAAGCUUUAUUCUUUAAAACAUUAUGUGAGUCAUUAAAAUGUAAAGAAGAAACCGAAGAUGGCGUUACAGUUUUAUUACUUCUUGGGUUAAAAGUUGCUGACAAUUUUGAUAAUUUGUGUAAAGAACCAUCAAUUAAUAUUCAUGGAUCCAUGAUAGUACAAAAUAUAUUGAAGUUUAAUAAACCCAUCAAAAUGGUAAAUAAUUUGAACAAUUUAGAUACUGAACGUCUUGUUUACUUGCUUUGUGAAGUAAAAGGCAGUUAUAUUGGAAAUGCAUAUUUUGAAAGUGCAUUUAUUGGGGAAAGAAGUCGCGAAAAAAUGAUAUGGAAAUUAAAAGACUAUUAUACAACACUGGCAAAAUCAAAAAGUGGUUCUCGGGCUUUUGAUUGCAUAUGGAAAGUAGCGGACACAAAACAGCGUACUAUGAUAAUGACGGAGUUUUUAAAACAUGAAUCUGAACUUACUAGCACACAAUUUGGUUCUAUAAUUGCAUCCAAAUUAAAUUUAGGCGUGUUCAGGCAUAAAAGAGAUGAAUGGAUAAAAGCCGAUCAAGAUAAACUUCAGACUGCAAAAGUUUUUGAAAUCAAUAAAUAUUGUUGAAUUUUUUGUACAAUUAGUAGUUUUAUUCUAUAAAAAUUACAAAAAUAAACAGUUUUUUAAUCAAA